AUGUUCAUGUUCAAGGAGGUUGGAGAUUCUGCCUUGAAGAAGGUUCGCGAUGCCCUGUCACGCAGAGAAGCUCCUGUCGCUGCUGACAUUCAGCUUCGGCCGUUGCCCGAGGGAGCAGCAGUGUCGAGUCCUCCUCGCCGAGGGGUCCCAUGGAAACCCAAUGGAGACCACCCUCCAAGUGCAGGCGGACACAAGGAGACCGGCGGCGAGAAGAGCGGACAUCUGUCUGGUGGCCGCCAAGGUGGUGCAUUGCCACUGGCCGCGCAGGAAUGCUUCCAGCAAGCGGAGGCACUCUGUCAGCGCCAACGUUUUUCUGAGGCAGUGCCGCUGUUCCGUCGAACACUGGAGGUUCUGCAGGAGUCGGGACUCGGCUUGCCGGGUACCAGUGGCGCAGUGAUCACGGCCGAGGUGUGGGCACACCUGGGUGUCGCCAUGCAGUCCUUGGACCAAGUCCCGGAAGCCAUCGAGAGCUACAAGCGAGCUGUGUCGCUGGACCCAGCUCUUCACGUCUGUUUCGCCAAUCUUGCAACACUCCAUGCGUACCUCAAUGACUCAAAGAAAGCGUUGGAGUACAUUGGGAAUGCCAUCGAGCUCGAUCCGGAAAACCGGACUUACACGCAGCUCAGGUACCAGUUCUUGGACUGCCAGUCUCAGGAAACCUCCGAGGUAGACAAAGAGGCCCUCGAGGAUUCAAGCUCCUCGGCUGAAAGAUGCAAAGGUCUCUGGAAAGUCAAUUUCACGUAA